AGCACCAGCCCGAGGAAACCAGCAGCAAGUGAGUGAGCGCCCCCCCCGCCCCCGAGUUCCUGGCUGGAGCAGGCAGGGCCUCCUCGGAUCGUGGCCCUGACGCCCGCACCUCCUGCGCUGCUUUGGGGCGGCGGCCAGAAGGGCUGGCUCUCGCAGCUUUCGCCAGCUGGCAGGACGUGCCGAGGAGUCACGCUUAGCCUUGCGAGCUGCUCCUUCUGCGGCGGCCGCACCGCGCAGCUGAGAGGAGGCCUCGCUCCAGAGCAAGCACGCCCGCCGGAGGAGCCUCACCCCCAGCAGCCCCUUCAACAGCCCUGCUCCUCCAUCCAGUGGCCGCGCGGAGGGGCAGGUGUCGCGUGCACGCCCCUGGUGGGGUUGCCCUGCGGGGGCUCCUGGAUGCCCGCCCCCCUUCCAGGCGCAGUCCCAGCAGCUGCAGAGGCGGCAGGCAGCGGCAGCGCCUGCUCCCUCCGGCCUGGAGAGCAAACGGGCUCCUCCGCUCUGCUCGCGCGUGGCCCGCCGCCGUGCCGGUUUUCGCGCCCUCCCGCUUCCUUCGCCGCGAUCUGCCAACCACAGGAUUGAGGGGGGGGGCACCACGCCCCCGGUUCUUCAUAGCAAAAAGCGGCGGGGGCGGCAGCCAAGCCGGCCAUUUUGGAGACUGGUUGGGCAGCAGGAUGCGGCGCGGCGCGGCCCCGAAGCCAGGCAUGUGACCCUGCGCGCCCCUCCCCGCCCAGCAGCCGACUCGCCGGCCCGGCCUGAGGAUGCGCCCUGCCGCCGCCGCUGCCCCGGCGCCCCGCCUGGCGUUCAGCCUGCUGCUCCUCGCGCUGGUGCCAAGAGGCCUGGGCAUGGAGGUCAUGGCUCCUGCCACCAUCGGUGCCCUGAACGGCUCCUCCAUCCGCCUCACCUGCACCUUCAACUCUUGCUACCAAGUGGAAAAAAAGCACUUCUCCCUCAACUGGACCUACCAGGGGUGCAGCAACUGCAGCGAGGAUGCAUUCUUGACGUUUAAACUGAGGGCUCUUCCUGUGGAGCCGAAUCGGUUUGGGAACCGCGUGGAGUUCACUGGGAACCCCACCAAGAACGACGUCUCCUUCACCCUCCACGACGUGCAGCUGGAUGACGAGGGGGUGUACCGCUGCUAUGUGAUGAACCCCCCUGACCGACACAAGGGCCUGGCCAAGAUCGACCUGAAAGUCAUCACAGAAGAGCCUCCUGAGCGCGACUCCACCGUGGCCGUGAUUGUGGGCACCACCGUGGGGGUGCUCUUGGCGGUGGUGAUCCUGGCGCUGGUGGUGGUGAAGUGUGUCCGUCGGAAGAAGCAGCAGCAGCUGAACACGGAUGACCAGAAGACGGAGGAGGAGGGGAAGACGGAUGGGGAGGGCCACCCUGAGGAGGGCACCAAGUAGAGCCAGCUCCCCGCAGGCCGCCGCCGCCGCCACGCCUCCUCUGUCCUCCCUGCUGUACACUGCCCCCCCCCACACCCAUGUGCUUUACCUAAAGCAAGGGCCUCCUCCGUGGUGCCAGAGAGGAGGCAGCUGGCCCGGCCCGGCCCGCCUGUCUCGGCUCCCCCUCCCAGAUGUGGGUUGGUUACAUCUGCUGGGUGAGCUGGGGAGAGGCCAGGCCGGGGGAGGGCGCCUUCUCCCCAUCAGCCGUGCUUGUGUGUCUUGCUCUCUCUCGAGGUGAGCAGGGCUGGGGUUGCUAGAACCCCCCCCCCGUCCCCUGCCCCCCAGCAGUCUGGGCUGAAGGGCCUUGCCUUUGAGCUGGAGCCCUGGGCCCAGCCCCUGCCCGGAGGCCUCUCCUUGUCUGCUUGGGCCCCCGAUGUGGAUGCAGGGAGCGGAACUGAGCAGAACUCAGCCAAGGUGGUUGGACUUUUGAGGAUCUGUUUUCUCCCCGAAGAGGAUGGGGCAGGCUGGGCUGGGCUGGGCUGGGCUCUCCUUUGGGAUACCAAAACUGCCACUUCUCGCCUUCCUUCUAGGGAAGGGAAGCACAAUCUGCGACUGCCAAGACAACCAUUCACUGCCAGUGGGUGGGGGCCCGCAAAACUACAGCCCACCCUCCAGAGCACUUCCUGCCCCCUUACUCAGUGGCUAGCAGAGUGCGCCAUGAAUUAACCAAGGACUCCUCCCGUCUAUAAUUGGGUGAACUGAGCAACGGAAAACUAUUGCAUUGAAUUGGUCUCUGUGCACGUUCCUUGUUGGUUGCUUAUUUUAUCUACCAAAUGUGUAGACCACCCCAGACUUCUGUCUCUGGGUGGUAUACAACAACCAUAUAUUUUAUUCUAUCAUGUAAGUUAUUUACUGUUAUAUUACUGGUACAUAUUUUACUGGUACAUCCCAUUUGGUGUUAUUUAUCACUAUGUCAAAGACUGUAAUAAAGGAUUUACUUACUUA